AUGACACUUACAUUCAACAUCAAGGUCAUUGAAGCCAAAGAUCUCCCAAAGGUCGAUACAUUUGGAAAGGUCGAUCCAUACGUUCAGAUCCAGCUUGGCAACGAAAAGUGUAAGACUAAAGUCAUCAAGAAAUCCUACAAUCCAGUCUGGAAUGAAACCUUCAGCAUUCCAGUUACCAACCCAAAGGCCCCACUUAACAUCACAGUUGUCGAUUAUGAUUUUAUUGGUUCAAAUGAUGCCUUCGCUUACAUCCACUUCAACCAGCAAGAGUUCAAUGUCGGCCAGGUUGUCGACAAGUGGUACAUGCUUAACUCCUACAAGGCUGGCAGAAGCGCAGGCCAAAUUCACCUUGUCAUUCAUUUGGCCACUCAGAAUAUGAAGCCAUUUGAAAACGCAGUCAUUGGUGGUGCACCAGUUCCAGGCGCUACAGUUCCAGGUGCUCCAACAGGCCCAAUUACUAUCAAUGUAACUGCACCACCACCAGCAGGAUAUCCACCACAGGGUGCUUAUCCACCACCAGGUGCCUAUCCACCACAGGGUGCUUACCCACCAGCACCAGGAGCUUACCCACCACAAGGUGGCUAUCCUCCACAGGGAUAUCCUCCACAGCAGGGAUACCCACCACAACAAGGCUAUCCACCACAGGGCGGCUAUCCAGGACAACCAGGAUAUCCACCACAGCAGGGAUACUCAAUUACUAUCAACCAACCAAAAUAA